UCACGGCGUGGUGCAACUCCCACUUGAGGAAGUCUGGCACACAGAUCGAAAACAUCGAAGAGGACUUCAGGGAUGGACUCAAACUUAUGCUGCUUCUGGAGGUCAUCUCAGGUGAACGGUUAGCCAAGCCUGAGCGAGGCAAGAUGAGGGUCCACAAGAUCAACAACGUCAACAAAGCUCUGGACUUCAUCGCCAGCAAGGGAGUCAAACUGGUCUCCAUUGGUGCUGAGGAAAUUGUGGACGGAAACGCCAAGAUGACCCUGGGAAUGAUCUGGACCAUCAUCCUCCGCUUCGCCAUCCAGGACAUCUCUGUUGAAGAGACGUCUGCUAAGGAGGGUCUUCUGUUGUGGUGCCAGAGGAAGACCGCUCCCUACAAGAAUGUAAAUGUGCAGAACUUCCACAUUAGCUGGAAGGACGGUCUCGCCUUCAACGCUCUGAUCCACCGACACAGACCGGAACUCAUCGACUACGACAAGCUCAGAAAGGACGAUCCUGUGACCAAUCUGAACAACGCCUUCGAGGUUGCAGAGAAGUAUCUGGACAUCCCCAAAAUGUUGGACGCCGAAGACAUUGUGAACACUGCUCGUCCAGAUGAGAAAGCCAUUAUGACUUAUGUGUCCAGUUUCUACCAUGCCUUCUCUGGAGCACAGAAGGCCGAGACCGCCGCCAACCGUAUCUGCAAAGUGCUGGCUGUCAAUCAGGAGAACGAGCACCUGAUGCAGGACUACGAGAAGCUGGCCAGUGACCUUCUGGAGUGGAUCCGUCGCACCAUCCCCUGGCUGGAGAACAGAAACCCAGAGAAGACCAUGUCUGAGAUGCAGCAGAAGCUGGAGGACUUCAGAGACUACCGUCGUGUCCACAAGCCACCAAAGGUCCAGGAGAAAUGUCAGCUGGAGAUCAACUUCAACACGCUGCAGACCAAACUGAGACUUGGCGGUAGACCUGCCUUCAUGCCGUCAGAGGGACACAUGGUGUCUGACAUCAACAGAGCGUGGCACACCUUGGAGGGAGCGGAGAAAGGCUACGAGGAGUGGCUCCUCAACGAGAUCAGACGUCUGGAGCGACUGGAUCAUCUGGCGGAGAAGUUCCGCCAGAAGGCCUCCAUCCACGAAUCCUGGACCGAUGGGAAGGAGGCCAUGCUGACUCAGAAAGACUACGAGACCGCCACGCUGUCAGACGUCAAGGCGCUGCUGCGGAAACACGAGGCCUUUGAAAGCGACCUGGCGGCCCAUCAGGACAGGGUGGAGCAGAUCGCCGCCAUUGCGCAGGAGCUCAACGAGCUGGACUAUUAUGACGCUCCCAGCGUCAACGCUCGCUGUCAGAAGAUCUGCGAUCAGUGGGACCGCCUGGGAGAACUCACCCAUAGACGCAGGGACUCACUGCAGAAAACGGAGAAGGUGCUGGAGUCCAUAGAUGAGCUCUACCUUGAGUACGCCAAGAGGGCGGCGCCCUUCAACAACUGGAUGGAGGGCGCCAUGGAGGACCUGCAGGACAUGUUCAUCGUCCACAACAUCGAGGAGAUCCAGAGUCUGAUCCGAGCUCACGAACAGUUCAAGUCCACCCUGCCGGACGCCAACAAGGAGCGCGAGGCCAUCCAGGCCUUCCAUUCCGAGGUCCAGAAGAUCGCUCAGCACAACGGAAUCAAGCUGAGCGGAAUCAACCCGUACACCACCAUCACGCCGCAGAGCAUCGACAGCAAGUGGGAACAGGCGCAGCGGUUGGUGCCUCAGCGUGACCAGGCCCUGCAGGAGGAGCUCCGCAAGCAGCAGUCCCACGACACCCUGAGACGGAACUUUGCUGAACAAGCCAACGUGGUCGGGCCCUGGAUACAAACCAAGAUGGAGGAAAUCGGCACGAUAUCAAUUGAGAUGAUCGGCACCCUGGAAGACCAGCUGACCCACCUGAAGGAGUACGAGCGCAGCAUCGUGGACUACAAGCCCAACAUUGAGCAGCUGGAGGGGAUCCACAAACUGAUCCAGGAGGCCCUCAUCUUUGACAACACAUACACCGCCUACUCCAUGGAGCACAUCCGUGUGGGCUGGGAGCAGCUGCACACCACCAUCGCCAGGACCAUCAACGAGAUUGAGAACCAGAUCCUGACGCGUGACGCCAAGGGCAUCAGCCAGGAGGAGCUGUACGAGUACCGCGCCUCCUUCAACCACUUCGACAAGGACCACAGCGGGGCCCUCAUGGCCGAGGAGUUCAAAGCCUGUUUGAUCAGUCUGGGCCACGAUGUGGAGAACGACAAGCAGGGUGACGCCGAGUUCGCGCGCAUCAUGAGCAUCGUGGACCCCAACAACACGGGAACCGUCACCUUCCAGGCCUUCAUCGACUUCAUGUCCCGCGAGACCACCGACACGGACACCGCCGACCAGGUCAUCGCCUCCUUCAAGAUCCUGGCCGCCGACAAGAACUUCAUCAUGGCGGAUGAGCUGAGGAGGGAGCUGCCCCCCGACCAGGCAGAGUACUGCAUCGCCAGGAUGGCGCCCUACACGGGGCCCGACGGCGUUCCCGGGGCCCUCGACUACAUGUCCUUCUCCACCGCCCUGUACGGAGAGAGCGACCUGUAGGGAGGCAGACGGACGAGGGGUUGGGGGAGGGGAGGUGGGGU